AUGGUACCGGAUUCACAGAAACUGAAACCAAAACUCUUCGCUGCCGCCUCUUUUGCCUUGUUGGCUUUUGCCGCUGCUGAUGUCUCUCACCUUGGCGGUGGUUACAAUUAUCCUGCGCCUGUGCACGAAGCUGUGCCUGUUAAAUCUCAGCCGAUUGUUCCACAGAACACCUACAUCCCACCCGCAGCACCUGCUCCAGCACCAGCCCAGGGCUACAGCUACCCAGCUCCAGCUCCAAUCCACGAAGCUGUUAAAUCUCAACCGAUUGUUCCACAGAACACCUACAUCCCACCCGCACCACCAGCACCAGCACCAGCUCAAGGCUACAGCUACCCAGCUCCCGCGCCAAUCCGCGAAGCCGUCCAAUCCCAGCCAAUUGUUCCACAAAGUACCUACAUCCCACCCGCCGCACCAGCUCCAGCACCCGCCCAGGGCUACAGCUACCCGGCCCCAGCUCCAAUCCACGAAGCCAUCCAAUCCCAGCCAAUCGUUCCACAAAAUACCUACAUCCCACCCGCACCACCAGCACCAGCACCCGCUCAGGGCUACAGUUACCCAGCUCCAGCUCCGGUGCAUGAAGCUGUGCAAUCCCAACCGAUUGUUCCACAAAAUACGUACAUUCCGCCAUCAGCCUCGCUCGGUCAAGAUGGUUACCGCUACAAGACCGUCCGUCGUGUUGUCUACAGACGUCGUUUCUAAAGUUUGAAAUGACAUAAAUACUCCAAAAAUGUGACUGAUUUUUUUACGAAAAAACCUGAUAGAAUUAAAUAAACGUUGUUGAAAGUUUUAAUAUAAUUAUUUGAGAGUUUCUCUGAAAAGGAUUUUAUUAUAUUCUGGAUCAAUAGACAUUUCAGGAAAGUGUACAUGAAAAAACUGUAUGUUAAUAUUACGUAGUAUAAGAUAUAGUACCCGAUACCUGAGAUAGCACCCGAUAGGAAUUAGGAUAGGAUAGGGCGACGAUUCACAAAGUGGCUGUGAAGCAUAAAAGACACUUUGCCACGGAUGAAUGAAGAUGAGGAGCGCAGUGAGAUUUUUCACGAAUGGGUCGAAGCAAAGAAGGA